AUGAUUAAAAGAUUAUUUCGAUGCAAUAAUAGACUAAUAAAAAAUACAACCUUUAAUAUUUAUAAUUGUAAUCAUAAUUAUAACAAUAGCUAUUUAAUUUCUAAAAGAGGUUUUUGCAAUAAUAGCACAGCAAUUAAUAAGAAUGAUAUUAUCGUUAAAGAAAUCAGUUUAAAUAAAGAUAAUGAAGAUGUUGCCAAUAUCAAUAGUGAAAAUGAAGACAUAGUAUGCUCAAGUGAAAAGUGUGGAAUAACAUUUAGGGUCCCAUCCAAAUUAAGAGGUAGGAAGGGAUAUUGCCCAUCAUGUGCACACGAAAUGAUAUUUACUCGUUAUACAUCAAACUAUAAAAAUAUACUAAGAAAAAGAAGAGAGAAAUAUUUAAAUACUUUGGCUGAAGAAAGCAAAACAACAUAUAGUUUCGACCCAAUUAAAAACAAACCAUUUGGAUUAAGUGUAGUUUUAGAAGAUUGUAGAAGUUUACAUAAUGUUGGUAGUAUUUUUAGAACAUCAGAUGGAUCAGGAUUUAGUCAUAUUUAUUUAUGCGGAUUAACAGGAACACCAUUAAAUACACAGGUCACCAAAUCAUCAUUGGGUUCAGAGGAAAUGGUAGAAUGGUCAUUUUCAAACGAUUCUCUAGGUGUAGUAAAAAAAUUAAAAGAGCAUAAUGUUUUAAUAAUUGGGAUUGAACAAACCUCAAACUCAGUACCAUUAUUAAGUUCAUUGGAAUAUAUCGAAAAAAUGGCAUUAAAUAAUAACAUGGAAAAUAAUAUGGAUAAUAAUAAAUAUAGACCAAUUUGUGUUGUAAUGGGUAAUGAAAUUGCUGGAAUUUCAGAACAUGUAAUUAAUGAAUGUGAUAUUAUAUGCGAAUUACCAAUGUUGGGAAACAAAAACAGUUUAAAUGUCAGUAUCACUUUUGGGAUUGUAUCAUAUAUUUUAUCACAUCACUUUAAAUCAUUAGCAUUUUCAAAGAAAUAA